AUGGCGCCCGGCAGUGCGCUGUUGGCAAGCCGCAGCUGCAGGCCCCGCCUGCCGUCAGACCCGGGCUGCAGAAAGGCGUUCUCGGUCGCCGCGAUGCGCACGGUCGCGGCGACGCUCGGCAUCGCGACGUUCACCUGCCCAGAGGCACUCGUCGCGACGUUCCAGAAGAUUGUGGAAUGCCCGCGUGUCUGCCCCCCCGGCUACGUGGCCAUGCUGGGACUGCUCGCGACUGGCACCAUGUUCCUGGCCACUGCCACGCUGUGGGCCCAGGUCCAGCCCGAGUUUGGUCACCUGGGGGCGCCCCUGUGCACCCUGCUGGUGCACAAAGAGGCUGCAGCGGCCCACCUGGAGCACAUCAGGAGCGAGAGCCCCCUCGUACUGGACGCCGGGCGCGUCAGCGGCUUCUGCCCCUUCAUCUUCAUGCUGCACCCCAAGACGUACGAGGCGCUCCCGGUACGCUGGACCGGCAAGUGGUCGCGGCCCCAGAUCGUCCUGGGCUACUAUGGCCGCGCCUUCUGGGCGACCACGCCGUGGCUGAGGGGCAUUAGGGUGUGUGUCGCCAACAUAUACAGGGCGAUGGAGACCUACGCCGGUCACCCUGCAUUUCCGAGGUCGGCGGGGCCCCUCCACGCAGUCGCCGCCACCGUCGGCGCAUUCUACGUCGCCGCCGUGUUCGCCAUGCUCUGUGGUGGGAUUCAGAACCCCGCCGAUUGGACGCUGGUCGACCAGUGCAUGGCGCAGGCGCUCCCCGACCCUGACGCGGCCGGUCUGGCGGACGUGGCCGUGGAGGCGUCGCACGAAGAUGAUGUCCUCGACCAGGCGGCGGCGAUUGAGGACGGUCAGCUAGGCACGGGCACCCAGCUAUUCCCGCAGCAGCAGCAGCAGCAGCAGCAGCAGCAGCAGCAGCAGCAGCAGCAGCAGCAGCCGCCGCCGCCGCCGUCGCGCGACAUCGUGCCGUCUGUGUACUCCCUGCACAGGACAAUCGUGCUGUUGGCCGAGGCUGGUGCAAAGCGUGGCGACGCCGCGGCCGAACUGGCCAAGGAGGGCCUGUCUGGGGUUUUGCGCGACGCAGUGCUGGCGCUCUUCGACUA